AUGUCUUGCGUAUCUGACAGCUCACGUCUUAACAAGUUCUUGCGGGAGAGAUACCUCAAUCUUCCCCAGGGAGAGUUCUGUCAAGUCACUUACGUCUGGAUUGCUUAUUGUGGAAUGGACUUGUGCUACAAGACCCGAACCAUGGACUUUACACCAAAAACCAUAGCUGAUAUACCAGAAUGGGAUACCAUUGGGCAAACUGAAGGAUUCAGCACUGAGAUGCCACUGGCUCCUGCCUGCAUGUUCAGGGACCCCUUUCUUUUGGACCCUAACAAACUGGUCUUUUGUGAGGUGCUCAAGAACACCCGGGAGCCUGCAGAAUCGAACCACCGUAACAGCUGUAACAAGAUCAUGGAGAAGAUCAAAGAGCUUCACCCUUGGUUUGGAAUGGAGCAAGAAUAUACUCUCCUAGGAGUGGAUGGACACCCUUUUGGCUGGCCCAGACUUGGCUUUCCCAAACCACAAGGCACAUAUUACCGUUGUGUUGGUGCUGACAGAGCCUUUGGCAGAGACAUUGUGGAGUGUCAUUAUAAAGCCUGUCUGUAUGCUGGCAUCAAAAUCAGUGGCACUAACCCAGAGGUCAUGCCCUCUCAGUGGGAGUUCCAGGUGGGUCCAUGUGAAGGAAUUGAGAUGGGAGAUCAUCUAUGGAUGGUACGUUUCCUGCUACACAGGGUGUGUGAAGAUUUUGGAGUGGUGGCCACCCUGGAUCCAAAACCCAUGACAGGAGACUGGGACGGAGCUGGUUGCCACAUCAAUGUGAGCACAGUGCAAAUGAGAGCGGAAGGAGGCAUUGAGCACAUUAAUAAAGCCAUCGAGAAACUGAGAAAGCGUCACGCAGAGCAUAUUCGUGUCUACGACCCAAACGGUGGCGAGGACAACAAGCGGCGACUCAUAGGUUGUCAGGUGUUCUCCAGCAUAAAUGAUUUCUCAGCAGGUGUUGCUAACCGCGGGGCCAGCAUUCGUAUCCCCUAUCGGGUGGCUCAGAACAAAUGUGGCUACUUUGAGGACCGCCGUCCUGCUGCCAACUGUGACCCAUAUGCUGUGACCUGCGCAAUGGCCCGCACAUGCAUGCUGGAAGGGGAGGAAGAAUUGAAAUAA